UUUUGCCAACCUCUAAUUUGAAAGUUCGUAAAAGAAUAUUGUGUAAUUUUAUUGUUUUUAGAUAAUCUAAGUUACUCGAAUAUUAAUUUCAAAUUUCUGAAUUCUCUGGUACAUAUCUUGCAAAGCUCUUUACAAAAAAUAUCCGUGCCACCAGACCCUAUGACGUGAAAGGCAUUGGUGAAAGGUUAGGCGUACGUACUUUGGUCAACUUAAAAGAUUCGUACGCACGCUGACUGUCACACAUGCUUUAAUAAUCCAUAAAAAGCUACUUCAUUACAGAGUCCUCCGCUUUGUCUAUCGGACAGAAGUAGAGUAAGAAAGAGGCGAAAAUAAAUAUAUAUAGCUUUGAUUUUUAUUAUCACUUGCAAUUUAAACCCUAACUGCAGAACCGAUCUAGCUUUCAAGAGACAGUGGAGAGUGAGAUUCGAGAAAAUAUGAGCAACCCUAGUAGCUUCACUAAGUCUCUGUCUCUAGGACAAAACUGGAAAUCUAAAUCCAUGAGGAUUAUUCCGGAAGAGCUUGUGAGAAGCAAUGGUGAGGCUUUUGAACACAGGGUGGUGUUUAAUGUUCGCUGGAACAAUUCCUGGCAACUAUGGCUCCAGAAAGAAAGGCAUGGUCUGUUUAUGGUCGAAGAAGACUGGGAUGAGUUUGUGGAUGACAACCUUUUAGGUGCAGAUGACAUCUUGCUCUUCACACACCAAGACACCAUGUAUUUUGAAGUCAGAAUCUUCAAGAAAGAUGGGAAAGAGAUCACUUCAGUACCUCUUGAAGUUGAACCUGAGACUCAACCAUUUCACCAGGAGACAACCCCUGCCUCUGCCUCUGCAAGUGUUGGAACAAGUAGCCGAGCAAGAAAGGGUUUUGCUCAUGUCAAAAACCCUAAGCGAUACCUCUUAAAUCCCAGAAACCCUUACUUCCAGAAGAAGCUAACGAAGUCGAACACAGUUCUGUAUAUGACUACUUGGGUGAUUGAGGAGUAUGAGUUGGAGUUUAGUCCUCCUAAUACCCAUAUCUACUUCCUUCUUCCCGAUGGGGGAAAACUCGAUGGAUACACCAAGAACUACGGUGGUUCACAUGGUUUCCUUGGCUGGGCAGCUGUAUGUGAAAGGUACAACUUGAAAACGGGAGACACUGUGGUUUGUGAACUUGAACUCUCAGGACGUGUGGUUUCCGCUGUUAGAGUGCAUUUCGUCAAUGCAUGACGGAGUCAACUCUAUAGUCUCCUUGUUAGUCAAGUCUCUUAACAUUAGUAUUAACCAACUUAUUAUUGUAAUGCUAGUUGUGGUCUCUAAUGUUGGUUUAACCAAUUUGUAACACUAAAUGUGAUCCUUAUGUUGGUUUAACAAACUUGCAAACGCUAAAUUUCUUGUUCUUCU